AUGAACACCAGCGGGGCUCCGACGCUGGAACAGGCGCUGGAGAUGGCACGGGCGCAGCCACGGAACGCGUCACGUGCUCGCUCACGUGACUCGCCGGCGCAGGCGUUCUCCUUCGCGGCGUUCCGCGACUUCCUGCGCAAGUCGCACUGCGACGAGAACCUGGACUUCAUCCUGGCGACGGACGCGUUUGUCGGCGCGGACGCGGCGCUCACCGAGGCCGAUUUCCCGCUCAAGCCCUGGACCGACAACGUCUACUCACAGUUCAUCCGCCGCGACUCGCCGCGCGAGUGCAACCUCCCGCAGGGCAUCCGCGAGUGCUUCGACCGCUGCCACGCGACACAGUCCGCGCCGGACCGCGCCUACAUCAGGAGCGCGCGCCAGCACGUGAUCACGCUGCUGCGGGACGCCUUCACCAGGUUCCUGGACCGCCAGCGCCGCUGCUCAUCCUCGAACUGUUCGCGCUGCGGCUCGCGCACCGCUGCGGUCAUGGCCGCGUCUGCGGCUGCGUCCGCAGCCGCGUCGCUCGCUGCAUCGGCGUCCUCCUCCGCCACAGCCACGGCGCCGGGGACACCGUCAGUGCUCUCGCCAGGCCUCGCCGCCGCCAAGCUCAGCCGCAACUCUUAUAUCAGCGACUACGCCGUGGACGACGAUGACGAAGACGAAGACGGCACCGACGGCGCCGACGCAGGCCAGAGCUACAACAUCCGCGACCUCCGCGACCUUCGCGACCUUCGAGACCUCGACACGGAGGGCAGCGCGGCAGCCACUAUCACGCGCACUCAGAAUUCGGCCUCUACUGCUUUCUCUGCAUUUUCAGCCGCAUCUGCCGCGUCUGCUGCUUCCGCGCUAUCUGCGACCGUGCACCCACCUCUUGGCUCCAUCACGACCACCACUGGGACGCACCUUUCAGACCGCCCAGCGUAUCCUCCCUCUAGCAUGCCCUCGACCCCAUCGUCCUCAUUCUCCACCACCAGCAGUGCGGGCUUCAACUCCCUGAAGCUCAAGCAUACAGGCAAGAAGCUUGUCAACAAAUUUAAAUUUCGCCGUAGUAGCUCAGGAAGCUCUGGCUCGUCGUUUAAUCCUUAG